GUGAACGUGCCCUUGCAUUUCAGUUAUUGGACGGUGUGUGUGUGAUCGUACUCCACGUUUUAUUUUAUUUUGGUACAACAUUCAUAUCAAUCUGUUCGAUAUCAAUAUCAACAAUCAGUUUGGCUUAUCAUUGAAACUUCACCAAUAAAAUGAUGCAAAGGGAGCCUAAAAAGAAACCCUCGAAAAACAAAACUAAAAUUAGCACCCUCCGCAAGGAACUGAAUGAGUUACGUUCCGAAUGGAUGAGACUGGAGGGUGAACGAAUUCAGAUGGCCGUUCGGCAAACGGAUCUCAUGAGUCACUGGAGUUCCAUUUCGGCUACCUAUAUGGCGUCAAUUCGUGAGCGGGACGAAACAAUCCAGCAGUUACUGGCAUCGUCAUCGUCCUCGAAUAGCAUAGAUCUGUCCAACGAGGAGCAGAUUAGAGCCAUUGCCAUACGGAGAGCGGACAGAGCAGUGCAAACAGAGUUGUGGUAAAAGCUAAUCGCUUUAUUUUGUAACAAUAAACAAAAG